AUGCUUUUAAAGUUGAACUACACGACUAGGCAAGUAGCACUUAACAUUAGCAGUGAGUCAUUUGAAAAACUCAACAUUAGACUGAAUGGAAACGUUCAAGGUUUCUUUCAAAAUAAACUUACUUAUGCGAUCUGGUUCAGUGCUUUGAGGGGCAGCAAGCGAUUGUGUCCAAUGACACCGGAAAAAUUACAUGCUCGGAAAAUUUCUUUAAUUGUUUUUCCAACGUCAAAACGGCAAAGAAGAGAAGUAGUUGAAGAUGAUUCUUUUGUUGAUUAA